UAAGCGCUUUCCUGAGUCACGGUGAAUUGCCCUCACUUAAGAUGGCGCUGGCCAGUUUGUUGGAGCCUCAAGUCCCCUCGAAUGGGCCCGGUUUCUUCGGCGUGGGGGCGCCGGGCCUUCGCGGCGGGGCGAAAAUGUCAGGAGACCUGGCGUUGGCCGCCCCUUACGCCGGGCUGACGGCGGGCGACGCCAAAAUCGAGCUGGAACACGGGACCACCACCCUGGCUUUCAAGUUCCAGCACGGUGUAAUUGUGGCGGCGGAUUCGCGGUCCACGGCUGGCGUGUACGUCGCUUCGCAGACUGUCAAAAAAAUCAUUGAGAUUAACCCUUACCUGUUGGGCACCAUGGCUGGCGGGGCGGCGGACUGCAGCUUCUGGGAACGGCUCCUCGCCCGGCAGUGUCGUAUUUACGAACUCCGCAACAAGGAGAGGAUUUCGGUGGCAGCUGCCUCCAAGCUCUUAGCCAAUAUGGUGUACCAGUAUAAAGGCAUGGGCCUGUCCAUGGGCACCAUGAUCUGUGGCUGGGACAAGAGAGGACCAGGUCUCUAUUACGUGGACAGCGAAGGGAACCGUAUCUCGGGAACCGUCUUCUCAGUGGGCUCCGGUUCCGUCUACGCCUACGGGGUGAUGGACCGUGGCUACUCUCACGACCUCUCGGUGGAAGACGCCUACGAUCUGGCCCGCCGAGCGAUCUAUCAAGCCACGUACCGGGAUGCUUACUCCGGUGGCUCGGUCAACCUGUACCACGUCCGCUCGGACGGCUGGAUCCACGUCUCCAGCGACGACGUCGCUGAACUGCGAGAAUUGUUCGUUGACACGUCCGCAGAAGCCGUGGCUUGAAACCGUGGACCGAAAGGGGGGGGGGGAGACAGCAGGCCAUGGGGUCUACAAAGGCGUGUAUGUUCAAAACCGUCAAGAAGCGAAAUUGUAACUCCAACUGUUAGCAGAGGCCGCAAGUUGUUGAAGACGUCUUGACCAGUGUUUUAUGUAAUAAAAUGUCCGGUUUCUUCGGAAUUAAACUUU